GUGUCAUUAUUACCUGUCAUCUGUGGAUAGAUCAGUCUGUUUGAUAGAAAACACGCGGAUAAUUUUAUUUAAUCAUUUAACAAGCAUGGAUGGUGGGAAAAAGAAACCAGAUAAAUUGUCACGAAAUAUUAAACGAUCACGUUUAAUCAUUCGUAAUUUAUCAUUCAAAGCGACUGAAGAAGAUUUACGUAAAUUAUUCUCGUCAUACGGUGAAAUUGUUGAUAUAAAUUUGCCGAAAAAUUCAAAUGGAAAAAUCAAAGGAUUUGCUUUUCUUGCUUUCGAUAAUGUACGAUCAUCGUUGAAAGCGAUCAAAUUUUUAAAUGGUAAAAAACAUUUCAAUCGUACGAUAGCUGUUGAUUUUGCCGUUUCAAAGGAUUUAUACGUCAAACACCAGGAGAAAGAAAAUCAAGAACAAACGAAUGAUAGCCAGCCAACGGAUGAUGAUAAAAAUGAUGACACUGUUGAUGACAACAUCGAUGAUGUCGAUAAAGACGAAGACAAUGACGAUAACGACGAUGAAGAUGACGAUAAUGAGGAUGAGGAUGAUGAACGACCGAAGAAACGUCGAGUACGAAGUGAUGUAAAUGAAGGAAAAACUAUUUUCAUUCGUAAUAUCGAUCUCGAAACGAACGAAGAAUCUCUGGAGAAUGUGUUCAAAUCGUUUGGUCCUGUGGACUAUUGCCGCAUUUGUUAUGAUGAUUACAGUGGUAAAUCUAAAGGAUCCGCAUUUAUUAAAUUCAAAAAUCUUGAUGAUGCUCAACAAUGUCUGAAUGAAUCAAACAUUCCAGAAAAUAGUCGAUUUUAUUUAGAUGGAAAGCAAUUGAUUGUCACAAAAGCUGUUAAUCGUAAUCAAUUAGAAGAGAUAAGAGAUGCAAAUCAUCAUAAACAUAAAGAUAAACGAAAUCUUUAUCUAGCAAAAGAAGGUCUAAUCUAUCCUGAUUCACCUGCAGCCGUUGGAGUUUCGGCUACUGAUCUAAAAAAACGACUAUCUUUAGAGGAAAAGAAGCGAAAAUUAUUACAGAAUCUUCAUUAUUUUAUUUCGGAUCGAAGACUUUGCAUACAUAAUCUACCCGGCAAUUAUGAUGACAUGAAAUUACGAAAAUUAUUCACCACAGCUGCCAAAGAUAAAAAUGCCCGCAUUCUAUGGGCUAAAGUAAUGCGUAAUCGUAGCCGAAUGGAUCAACAAAAAUUUGGUUCAUCUAAAGGUUUUGGUUUUGUUGAAUUUGAACAACAUAAACAUGCAUUGAAUGCAUUAAGAUAUUUGAAUAAUAAUCCGGAAAUAUUUACAGCCGAUAAAAGGCCUAUCGUUGAAUUUUCUAUUGAGAAUAAAGUAGCUUUGAAUAGGAAAAAAUAUCGUCAAAUCAAACAGGAAAAAAUGAAAAAUGGUCAAUCGAAUAGUUCAGCGAAGGAAACUAACAAAUCUUCAUCAUCGUCAUUGCCGUCCGAACAACAACUUUCAUCAAAUUCGUACGGUGGUGUUGAAGCCAAACCAUUCGAAAAGAAUGAAAAAGUUCCGAAAUUGAGAAUGAAUAGAAGAAAAAUUUUGGAACAAAAGAAAAAAUUGAAAUCAAUGAAAACGAAAACAACAUUGACGAAAAAGAAUGAAAUUAUCAAAACGAAUAGUGAAAAAGCGAAAAAACAAAAAUCUAAACGGCCAAUCGAAGCGGAUGAAUUCGAAACAAAACAUUUGUUAAAACGGCAAAAAAAUCGCAAUAAUUUCAUUAUGACAACCAACGAUUCUGAUAUGGCAGUAAUCAAUCAAAAACGAAAAUGGUUUAUUCAAUAAUGUAUUAAGAUUUUUGUUUGUUUUUUUUUCAUUGAAUAAUAUUAAAAGAUAUUUAAAGAAAAAAGA